CGCGCGUCGAAAAAUGUAAAAAUACAAUGGUUGUGUUGAUUGACUGCAAUAGAAAAAAAAAUUAAUAAUAAUAAUAAGUAACGCACCAAACUGACCAAAGUUAGCAGUUGCCUAUUCCAUGCACAACACCUGGAUAAGUACCACAUUUAAAGCAAAUACAACCUCUCUCUCUCUCUACAAAAUUCUCUCUCCUCUUCUUUUUUUUUCAGAAUCUCUGGGCUUCACUUCUUCUGGCGAGGGAGGAUGAAGAAUGCCGAGGAGAAGGAAGGUGGUGAUGAUGGCGUGCAAGAUGAACAAGUUAUUAUGAGUACGGAUGAGAGCGGUAGUACUGGUGACGACGACGACGACGACGUCGACGUCGACGUGGAGGGCGUCGAAGAGGUUGGUGGUGACGACGAUGACGCGUCGAGUCCCCAUUCGCCGGAAGAUGAACAGGCUGAUGGUGGUGAUGAGGUGGAAGAAGAAGAUCUGCGGCCGAGGAUGAGUUCAGGGGAGGAAUUUGGGCUGCCUCCUGGCUGGCAGGUCGAGGAAAGGCCUAGGCUUAGCGGAAAGCUCAAAGGCAGAUUCGAUAAGUAUUACAUUGAGCCAGAGACAAACAAAAGGUUCCGUUCUAUGAUAGAGGUCAAACAACACCUCCAAAUAGAUGACCUUCCUACCAGAAAGAUCAAGAGAAGGGCAGGACGAGGUCAAGUUGAUUCUGAGGGUACUUCGAGCUCUACAAGUGAGAGAGGGCGUGGCCGUGGGAGAAGGGGCAGCCGUGGCCGUGGCAGGAACUAUGGACCUCUUUCUCAGCCGGUUCUGAGGCCAUUUGCUAGGGGAACAACACUUCCAACUCCUCCUCCUCCUCACCAUCGAGUUGUUUUCGUUGCAAAACGCAACGACGGCGACGAUGAACCGUCGGAUGAUUGUUAAGCGCAGACUCUAAGCAUUAUAGCGAUCAGAGGGCAUGAACCGUCAAUGAAAGAGGCUUAUGUUAUCCUUAUACUUUAUAUACAGAAGACAGCUGGACAUGUUUUUUAUCAAGGGAGAUUUGAACUUGGGUUUUCUCUGCAUAUGUGUGUGUGCUAAUACAUAGUUGCAGUCCUUUUUGUUGAGUUCGUUUGGUACUUUUAUGGCGUGUAUAAGCUUGUUUCGUCACCAAGAAGUGCAUGGGUAUGUUCUGCAGUUCAUAAGGAAGGCUUGGGUGGGCUGUUGGGAGAGCUGCUCACCUAGUUUUAAGGCUACUGGCACACAUUUUGAUAUCUGACCUUAAUGAUGGUUCAACGGCUAAUAUCUCUAAUCAUAUUGCUCAAUGUCAAUAUGAUUUUUCAUAAUCAACAACCACCAAGAAGUAUGUGAAGUUAAAUUUCAACAAAUGAUUUUUCUAGUU